GCAGUGGAAAAGCGCCAUAAAUGAGAUCUAUACAGUAAACAUCCCAAUGAGUUCUUUUAGUUCACCAUUCAAGAACUGAGCUUGCACUCAAUCAGUCCAGUAUUCAUUCACUUAAUUAUAAUGAUUUUAUCAAUCAAAUAAUUCACUGAUCAUCCACUACAUUGAUUUUUAAUUCCUGGAGCAGAUAUGUCUUCUAGUGCAGUUUAUACUUUUUACAUAAGAUAUUAAAAACGUUGUUAAAAAAUAAACUGAAAGUUCAAACAGCAGCCCACUUGUAGAACUCGGGGCCAUUGUGGGGUUCCUGUGUGUCUUUUUUAUUUGUUAGUUCUGAGCUCUGGAAUGAUAUCCACUAUAAAAGGCGCUAUUUAAAUUGAAUAGACGUGUAUGAGACGUAUCGUCCUUUUUCAGAAGUGCAAUGGUGCAGACAGUUGCUGCUACCUGGUGCCACAUUGUAAUCCCCUUCAGGUCAUCUGUGUUAAGUGACAAAUGCUCAUUAAAGUUUAAAGUGGUUACCUGCCAGGAGUGAUCAAGUUUAGCUUCUCCCUUAAUGAUAAACUGUGUGCAGUCCAAGAUACUGCUGAGGCAGCAGUACCCACAUAACAGUAAAAGAAGACGGACCACAGAAGGAGAAAAUAGGCCAUUUCAACAGCAGUGUGAUCAAUAAAACUGCAGGCGUGUAACCUGAUAUGAGACCAUGCAACAACAGGAUACAUCCAAGGAGCUUUAAAGGUUACUGCGUGCAUGAAAAGGAUGAAAGCAGAAAGGACAGAGCUGAUGGGGAGCAGAAAGGCCUGAAACAUGAGCUCAGCCCACCGUCAGGGCUUCCACAGAGUAAAAUCCUGUCCUGCUCAGCCGCAGGGCUUGACAUUGACUCCCUCAGUGGCGGGAGGCCUGGUAUUCCAGUGGGAUUUCACCUCAGUGACCAGGACCCAAGCAGAAUGGCUCAGCUAGGCCACAUGUCAUCAGAGACCCCCUGGAGGAGAUUCUUAGUUGAGGCUCACUGGCUCAACGGCUGUCCAGAGGAAUGGAAAGAGCCGUGUCCAUCGGCAUUGCCAGCGAGGUCUUUGGGUGUAGAUGCCGCUUCUGAAGAUAAGACCAGGGUCCCCGUGGAAGAUAAAGUUUUACUUCGGGAAGGUUGCCACUCUUGUCAGACCACAAAGGAAAAACAGCAGCUGUCUAAGGUUUCUGAAGAAACAAACUCACCUUGUCCAAGAUGUCCAAAGUGCAAUUCGGUCACAGUGAAAAUAUUCAAGCACCUUGGGGGUACCCUGGAGAACCCAACCGAGUUGAAGACAGUUUUGUCACCUCCUUCAUCCAAGCCACCUGCAAGGAUCCGAUUCCCAUCCUUAAAAUUCAAAGUGUGCCCUCUGAGCAGAGUCUCAGCUCUUGGCCAAGAAUCCAUCCAGACCCUACGUUCACUUUGUGCUGCCUGGCAGAAUCAUGCAUGCUGUCACCAUUAUUACCUCAUAGCGGCUAUUUGUUGGCUUACCUGCAUUGUAAUGGUGGUUUUGAUUCUUAUAACGAGCAUAAUAUUGCGAUAAAUUGUUAACUUUAUUAACAUUAAAUGUUGCUGGACAAUGGUCAGCUGAAGGACAACUCUAUUAAAGGGGAACAUUAAGACUGAUUAUUUUUCUUUAAAUGACAUGAGGGUGGCUACUUUUAUAAACUUCCUCAGUGGAAUGAGAAAAAAAAAUCAUGUAAAACGAGAAAUAAAGGCAAAGUCUUAAAAUAUUAAAAGUCUUAAAAAAUU